UAUAAUUUUGUGAUAAAAAUUUCAAGGAAAAAACACACACAACCUCCUUCCUCCCCUUCCUUCGGGGAGGGAAGAGUGAGCGUGGAGAGAAAAAUCUAUCUGAGACAGAGCGAGGGACAGUGAGAAAAAUAGAUGAGUGGGAGAGGGAGAAGAAGAAGGAGGAGGAGGAGGAGGAGGGGGAGCAAAUUAAAAGUUGCCAAAUGGAGAUAUUGGGUUUCAAGAGGAGUGAGACAGGAGUGUCAUGGAUGAUGAUGACGAUCGCCGUCUUCUGGAUUUUAUAGGAGAUGUGCAAGAAUUGAAUGAAUAUCUUCAUGGCGACGAUAACAAGUCGAUAGAGGAGGAUGACCUAACAAAUGCUACAUAUGGGUCUGCAGGCUCCUUUUUCACAAGUGACACAGGUGGCUCAGAUGAAGGGCUUAAAGAUGACCACAAUCACCUGGAAGAGUUUGGGGAGGCUGGUGGAGCUGGACUUCAGCUCUCCAACAGUCUUCAGUUCAUCGAAGAUGAGCUUGAAGGGACCGUCUCCCCCAGUGGAAUUGAUCUUGGUGGUGAGGACCAGCCAUUUGACAUCCUUCAGAAGUCUUUGCUGGAGGCAGAUAUCACAGAGCAGACAUUGGCUCAAGAGGCCUUGUUGGACUCCCAGCCUACUUUAGCCCCUGCCACUACCACCUUCCCUCAGCAGCUGGUCUCUGGGGGAUUCGGUGGCGUUUCAGGAGCCGGAGUGAUGGCCCCAUUGCCCCUUGCUGGGGCGCAACCUCAGGCUUUUAUUCAGCAAGUUCCCCAGUUGCCAUUGGCAAAUGGACCAGCAGGACAUAUUCAGUUAGUGGGCUCGUUUAAUGGAGGUGCCCCCUCCAUGAUGACUAUCAACAGCCUGGAGCGGCCUCAGAUCCUGUUGAGGCCUGGUGGAAAUGCAGUGACGAACAGUACUGGCCAGGGUGCAGCCUUCGCCCCUGCUGCACCUGGACAAGUGUCAGUUCCCUUUAAUAAAGGUGCAAUACCAUUGCAGAAUAUUAUCAUUCAGAGGGGCCCUGCACCACAGACAUUGGUUAGGCCCAUUCAGCCUAAGCCCCUUCAGACAGGUGGACAAACUGUGUACAAUAUCAGCAACAUAGGGAUCCAGCAAAACACCACCACUACUGCAAAUCCAGGAAAUAAUGUCUACACAGUCAAUGGAUCUCCUCAGACUACCCAGCAGGUAAAAGUACUUAGUCAAGGCACCAGCAUUGUAGUACAUUCUCCAUUAGGACAGCAAGGACAGCCACAAACCCAGCCCAGUCUGCCCCAGGGGCAGUUUUUGCUACCCAGUUCUUUGGCCCUCACUACUGGCAGCACUGUCCAUGGCUUCCAGGCAGUGAAUGGACAAGUUCUCCAAUCCAACACACAAGUAGGUGACUCGUCCUUAACUAGCACUACUUCCUACUCCAUCUUGACCAAUCAGAAUACAGCAGUACAGAUAAUUGCUGGACAGAAUUUUGCCGCUGGGGGGCAGUUGAUAGUUAAUCAAGGUAUGGUUAGUGCAGGUCAGAUAGGGCAAGCUUCUCCUACAGCUGUUGUGCAGGUCUCCCAGAGGCCUGGUGUCGCAGCCAAAGUCUGGACCGCCAGUGCAUCGCAGAGUCCAGCAACUAUACCGACCUCCCAGGCUCCAAGCCGUCUCACCAUGGUUAACUCUGCAGCCCAGGGGCUCCAGGCACACCAGCAGAUAUCUGUCAGUGCAGUACCGCGCCUUUUAGUGCCUAUGGCACAGAACGCCACAAGCUCUUCACAUGUUGCAGGUCAAGAGCUACAGUUUGAAAAGCAGCAGGUACCCUUGAACCAGGAGUCCACUUUACUAACACAAAAAGGGCAGACACAAUUGGUUAAUCUUCUUGGUACCAAAGGUAUGAAAACGGUAACUCCCACUAACCAGGAAUCUCUUCUUACAACCACUUCGAAGAGACCCGCAACUCAGCAGCUUACCAGAGGAGGAAUGAUCCUCCAGCAAUUAAGAAGAGAUCAUACCGGAGUGAUGUCUCCAAACCGAGCACCCUUCACUUCUCUGAAUGAUGUCAUUGACAGAUUAUUACCCUAUCAUGUGUUCCAAGGAGCACCACCUUGUGAGGAGGAUUUUACCAAAGUGGAUGAAGAAUUUCAGGCAGUUGCUACACAAGUGUUGAAGAGAACGCAAGCCAUGGUGAACAAAUACAGGCGCUUGCUCAUGGUGGAGUCUGAGCGGUCCAGCCCAUCAUCAGAAAUAGUGAUGAUUGACAGAACGUUCAACCAAGAGGAGCGGAGCACGCUGACUCAAGACAAACGAAUGGUACUUGUAGACCCAGAUGGCUUCCUAGAGGACUUUUGCUGUGGGCCUAAGAAGAUGACUUCUCGCUCAGAAGCCAUGGAUUCAGUUGAAUAUGAGGGCUUCCCCAGUUUAAUGGGGGCAUCUCCUAGCCAAGACACGACAAACAUGGGAGGUGCACAGGGGACGGAUAUAUGUACGGAGCCUGCUUAUAGGACAGAAUCCUAUCCAGCUUUUGAGGAUCCAGGGGGUGGGAAACAGGGAGAAUAUGGAGAGACUGCCAUCAAGAUCACCAUAGACAUGAAGAAAAAGAGGUCCAAUAACAUCAUCAGUAGCAGCAGUCAGCACCACCAACGCCUUCACCAUGCUCAGCACUCCACAUCUCCUAGCCACUCUCAGCACAGCUCUGCCCAGCCCUAUCCUCCAGAACAGGCCCUGUCUUUAGACCAUAGUCACGUCUCACUGGCCGACACAGACUCUGUGCUUGAAGCCGCGGUGAACAGCAUAUUAGAAUGUUAGUGCCAUGUUUUUCUUUGUGUUCGAGAGAUUGCAUUUCAUACCAUCACAGUGACGAUGUGAGUAGAAUCCCAUGAUUUGUGAGAUUGGAGAACACAUUUCAACAAAACAAAAAGGUUUGUGCACAAAGUGUCCCUUCAGGUGAGCGGUAAUUAGGAAAGGGAAAAAUAGAAUGAUGGUGAUGAUCUAUUGUGCCUAUCAUUCUGGAAACAUUCACAUUAGAAAGCCUUGUUCGACACUGCAAACACAUACACACACACACACACACACAUGCCCUCAUGUCACACACAAGGCAGUGAUAUCUGACAAGUUCUGGUUAACCAUUACUGAUAUCUGUAGCUCUUGUACAUCAAUACUGAACAUCCUUAUUCAUAGAUCUGCUAUUCCAGCUUCAGCUGUAGUGUACUCUUGAACUAAUUAGACUGUCCAUAGAGGUUCUCUGUAGACUUCGUUGUUAGCCAUUAUCUAGCUAGCAACAUGAGAUGGUGGGUUAACACGUGCUUCCUCAGUGACGCUGCAAAUCACUGCAUCUUUUUAAGAUGGGCAUUGUUGCAGGGCACCUGAGUUCCCAGUUCUGAGCUUGUGACCUGACGGUUGGUCAUGACUGGCCAGCGUCACUUUGGGAUGAAUCUUUUUGUCCAUUUGUGCCACUCGAGAACCGAGAAAAUCCUUUUUAGUUUAAGACUAGGCUUCAUCUGUGUCUGGAAAAGCAGCCUUUGUGGAUCUUUUUUGCACUUAAGGCUAUACAUCCUCCUAGAUUUUGAUGGUUGAUUUAAAGUAGUAGUAUUCAAUCCCAGUCCUGUAAAUUUCCUGCACUGCACGUCUUGUGUUCUCUCUGCUUUUACAAUCCUGAAUCAAUUCUAAAAGGGUUUGGAAAUUAGCUAAUCAGAUGGAAACACAAAACAGUACAGUCUUGGUGAGGGAAUUGAAUACCACUGCAAGAGCAUUCCCUGUGCUCGUGUUUCUUGUAUUUAGCAUUUGGUUUUAUACCUUACAGGUAUGCAACUCCUCUCCACACAAACAAGCUCAUCCUGAGUGGUUUUGUGCAGGGGGAACUUAAGUCCUCAGAUUGAGGAAUGUUACUUUUUCUGUCUUCUUUUUUUGUUUUUUUUAAUAAUUCAUUUUUUAAUGACUUUGUUAGUCUGUGCUGCUCCUAGCCCUGGACAAAAAGACUGCUGUUGUGUACCUCUAGGAUGUGUUUGGGUGAGCCUACAGUGAAAAAUGCUGUCUUAAACAUUUUUCAUUUCCCUUGUGGAUGGUGACCCCUGCUGGUCAGGCAUUGCUCUCAGUGACAGUUGGUUUUCAGUCUUGGUAGCAACUAAUGUUUGCACACACAAACAUGUUUGUCUCUUUCAAGUAGUCCUCUGUUUUCUGCAGCCAGUAGUCUAGAUACCAAGAACUCUUUAGGUCUUUAGGUAAUGUAGAUGAGACUUGUGGCUUUGCUUGCACAUUGUUAUUUAAGGGAGACUGACAAGUUACCACAAACUUUGUUUAAAGCAUUUGUCAUUUUAACCUGAGAACAUAGUAAAGCCAAAAUCGGAAAUUUCAAAGCUGUUGAAAUGAUCUGUUUUUGUAUGUUACCAUUCAUUUUCAGAGGUAAUGCCUUUUAUAACUUGUUUUAACAUGGCUUUUCUGAUAUUUACAGAAAAUAGAAUUAUACUUGAUUUGCUUAGAUCAGUUAAACCCGUGGCAUUGAACGUUGUAGGAAUGGAAAGUGGCAAACACGACCCCACCCAGUAGCGUUUCAGAGUUCUGUGCUGGGGCUGCCAGAUUGUGGCUUUGCAGUUCCUGAUUGUGGCUUUAACCCUGCUUAUAACAAGUUAAUAACAGACCUGUUUACUUCAGCAGGAAGAGUUAGACCACUGCAGUGUAAAAGAGUAUCUAAUGAAGGCUGAUUAAGUGUAUGUACAUUUUCAGUUUAGCAUUUCAGUGUUGAACUGUUGCUUGUUUGCAUCUAAAAUAUCAGUUUCCUUAAUCAGCAACACUAAAUGCUUACGUCUUUCCCAGCAAUUCAACCAAAUAUGAUGGAUGAAAGAAGUUCAGGUUGUAUAUCUCUGUGAACUGAGCUGUUGUGUGUGUGGAGGGGGUUCACUCAGAAGACCUUUUUGUUUGAAGGGCUUCUUUGCCUUAGGAGAGUGUAUGUGAAAACACAGAUUUGAAUAUUGUUUAUUGUACUGUGUGAGUGUGGCCUUCACUGAAUCCUAACACCCCGUGGUAAAAACUGAAGUUGGGUUCCCAUGCUUUGAACAUUUCAUUUUCUACAUCACUCAAAGGUUUAUUUGUAACAUUUGUUUUAUAUGACAAAAUGUGAAAAAAGUGAAACACAAAAUAUUUAUAAUUUUUGUAAAGAAAAGAAUGUAAAAAUGAACAAAAAUGAAGUUAUUUUUAUUAUGUUCGUUAAACCAUGUUUGUCAAAUUGAAAUAUAUGGUCAGCUCUUGAUUUUUUUUGUGUUCACUACAACAGCAAAGAUCAAUCAAUAUUAAACUCAUUUUG